AUGGCGACUAAAGCCUUUGUGCCCUCACUGGUUAUCCUGUGCCUAAUGCUAGAGAACUCCAGUGCCAGCUUGUGCUCGACUACCUUUGAAGCAUCACUCAGCCAAACGAAACUACUCAUAAUGCACAUAGAAGGUCGAACGAAGCAACUGUAUGAGACCUAUAUGACUCAUCAAGGCCUGCAUUCAUUACCAACUCACUUGUGCCAGCAUAAAAUUUCUUGGUUUCCCAAGGGAGAUAUCACUAAGAAAACAGGCAGUAUGCUGCGGAGGUUGCACAAAACUUUGGCGCAUGUGCAUAACUCCCUCGCGGUCAUCAGAGAGCAACAGAGAGCUCUGAACCACAGAAAUUCUUUGCUGCUUGAAGAACUGAAGGCAGCGCGCUUGUCAGUAAAGGGACUUCUCCAGAACACUAAAUGCGCCCUCGGCUUACGGGGACAGACCCCGACUAGCAUCUCUCCCCUGACAAGACCUACAGACCCUCCAUCCUUUGAUGCAAAGAUUAACGGAUGCCGCGUGCUCUGGAACUACUCGCAGUUCAUCAGUCAUUUAUCCCAGGCCUUCAAAAGCAGGCGGUCCGAAGGGGCAGGCCCCCGCAGCCCAAAAAGAGACGCAGACAGGCACACUGCUACUUUGUGA